CUCUGGGGCACAGCUGUGCCGGGGCCGGAGGCGCAGCGCGGCGCGGCGAGGCUGCCCCGGCCGCUGCGGGGCUUUGUUCCAGCGCGGAGCCGCUCCCGGCACCGGCUCGGCCGCGCUCUGCGGGACAGGGGGGCGCAGAACCAUGUGAGGGACACUGCCGGGGCUCAGGACACGCGCGGGGGACACGGAGCUCGCCUUUCCCAGGAUGGAUCAGAGGAGGACCUGGCCUCGGCUCCUGGACCCUGAAGGCUGCUCAGUGGCUCUGCUCUGCCUCCUCCUGGCAUCGCUCUCCCGGAACGUGUCCAGCAAUGCCUCCUUCAACACUUUCCACUCGGAGAACCGGGACUGGACGUUCAACCACCUGACGGUGCACCGGGGCACCGGCGCCGUCUACGUGGGGGCCAUCAACAGGGUCUACAAGCUUUCGGGGAACCUGACCAUCCUGGUGGCUCACAAAACCGGUCCCGAGGAGGACAACAAAUCCUGCUACCCUCCCCUCAUCGUGCAGCCGUGCAGCGAGGUCCUCACGCUCACCAACAACGUCAACAAGCUGCUCAUCAUCGACUACUCGGAGAACCGGCUGCUGGCCUGUGGCAGCCUCUACCAGGGCGUCUGCAAGCUGCUGCGCCUCGACGACCUCUUCAUCCUGGUGGAGCCCUCGCACAAGAAGGAGCAUUACCUGUCCAGCGUCAACAAGACGGGCACCAUGUACGGGGUGAUCGUGCGCUCCGAGGGCGAGGACGGGAAGCUCUUCAUCGGCACGGCGGUGGACGGCAAGCAGGAUUAUUUCCCCACCCUGUCCAGCCGCAAGCUGCCCCGGGACCCGGAGUCGUCGGCGAUGUUGGAUUACGAGCUCCACAGCGACUUUGUUUCGUCCCUCAUCAAAAUCCCCUCGGACACGCUGGCCCUGGUUUCGCACUUCGACAUCUUCUACAUCUACGGCUUCGCCAGCGGGAACUUCGUGUAUUUUCUGACGGUGCAGCCGGAGACCCCCGAGGGCGUCUCCAUCAACUCCGCCAGCGACCUCUUCUACACCUCGCGCAUCGUCCGCCUGUGCAAGGACGACCCCAAGUUCCACUCGUACGUGUCCCUGCCCUUCGGCUGCGUCAGGGGCGACACGGAGUACCGCCUGCUGCAGGCCGCCUACCUGUCCAAGCCAGGGGAGGUGCUGGCCAGGGCCCUCAACAUCACGGCGCAGGAGGACGUGCUCUUUGCCAUCUUCUCCAAGGGGCAGAAGCAGUACCACCACCCGCCCGACGACUCGGCGCUCUGCGCCUUCCCCAUCCGCACCGUCAACGCCCACAUCAAGGAGCGCCUGCAGUCCUGCUACCAGGGCGAGGGCAACCUGGAGCUCAACUGGCUGCUGGGCAAGGAUGUGCAGUGCACCAAAGCGCCAGUCCCCAUCGAUGACAACUUCUGUGGGCUGGACAUCAACCAGCCCCUGGGGGGCUCGGUGCCCGUGGAGGGGGUGACGCUCUUCACCUCCAGCCGCGACCGCAUGACCUCCGUGGCCUCCUACGUCUACAACGGCUACAGCGUGGUCUUCGUGGGCACCAAGACGGGCAGGCUGAAGAAGAUCCGGGCGGAUGGGCCGCCCCAGGGCGGGAUCCAGUACGAGGUGGUGCCGGUGUUCAAGGACGGCAGCCCGGUGCUGCGGGACAUGGCCUUCUCCACCGACCACAAGUACCUGUACGUCAUGUCAGAGCGCCAGGUGUCCCGGGUGCCCGUGGAGUCCUGUGAGCAGUACACGACCUGCCAGGAGUGCCUGAGCUCGGGGGACCCCCACUGCGGCUGGUGCUCCCUGCACCACAUGUGCUCCCCGAGGGACCGCUGUGAGCGGGCAGAGGAGCCGUUCCGCUUCGCAGGGAGCAUCGGGCAGUGCCUGAGCGUGGCCGUGCAGCCCAGCAGCAUCUCGGUGUCAGAGCACAGCCUCCCGCUCAGGCUGCAGGUGAGCGACGCUCCAGACCUGAGUGCGGGGGUCAGCUGCCUCUUCGGGAACCUCAGCGAGGUGGAGGGGCAGGUGUCGGGCAGCCAGGUGCUCUGUGUGUCACCAGCAGCCAAAGAUGUCCCUGCCAUCCCCGUGGAUCAGGACUGGUUCGGUGUCGUGCUCCAGCUGAAGUCCCGGGAGACGGGCAGGACCUUCGUCAGCACCGAGUUCAAGUUCUACAACUGCAGCGCCCACCAGCUGUGCCUGUCCUGUGUGAACAGUGCCUUCCGCUGCCACUGGUGCAAGUACAGGAACCUGUGCACCCACGACCCCACCACCUGCUCCUUCCAGGAGGGGAGGAUCAACGUCUCCGAGGACUGCCCCCAGCUGUUCCCCACGGAGGAGAUCCUGAUCCCGGUGGGAGAGGUGAAGCCCAUCACGCUGAAGGCCAGGAACCUGCCGCAGCCCCAGUCGGGCCAGAGGGGCUACGAGUGCGUGCUCAGCAUCCAGGGCAUCGUGCACAGGGUGCCCGCCCUGCGCUUCAACAGCUCCAGCGUGCAGUGCCAGAACAGCUCGUACCUCUAUGAUGGGAUGGACAUCAGCAACCUGGCCGUGGACUUUGCCGUGGUUUGGAACGGAAACUUCGUCAUUGACAACCCAGAGAACCUGAAAGUGCACCUGUACAAGUGCGCGGCGCAGCGCGAGAGCUGCGGGCUGUGCCUCAAGGCCGAGCCCAAGUUCGCCUGCGGCUGGUGCAGCGGCGAGGCGCGCUGCACCCUGCGGCCCCACUGCAGCUCCCCUGCAGCCCUGCCCUGGCUCCACUGGUCCGGCCACAACGUCAAGUGCUCCAACCCGCGCAUCACCGAGAUCCUGACGGUGUCGGGGCCCCCAGAAGGAGGGACCAGGGUGACCAUCCGUGGGGUGAACCUGGGCCUGGACUUCUCGGAGAUCGCGCAGGGCGUGCAGGUGGCCGGGGUGCAGUGCACGCCCCUGCCCGAGCACUACGUCGUGGCCGAGCAGAUCGUCUGUGAAAUGGGGCAGGCGCUUCCAGGGAUCAGCUCCGGCCCAGUGCUCCUGUGCAUCGGAGAGUGCAAGCCCGAGUUCACGGCCAAGUCGGCGCAGCACUACGUGUUCGUGACUCCAGCUGUGAGUUUCCUGAGCCCCAGCCGUGGCCCGGAGUCGGGAGGGACCAUGGUGACCAUCUCUGGCCACCACCUGGGGGCUGGCAGCCACGUCUCCGUGCUCCUGGGGAACCAGACCUGCGAAUUCCUCGAGCGAUCCAUGGACGAGAUUGUUUGUGUGUCAGCGCCCUCAGCCCACGGCCUGGGGGCUGUUCAGGUCUCUGUCAGCGUGGACAGGGCUCAGCUGGAGAGAACUUUGCUCUUUGAGUACAUCGAUGACCCCAAGGUGCAGCACAUCGAGCCUGAGUGGAGCAUCGCCAGCGGCCACACGCCCCUGACUGUCACUGGCUCCAACCUGGACGUGAUCCAGGAGCCGCGGAUCCGCGUCAAGCACAACGGCAAGGAGUUCAUCAACGUGUGCAAGGUGCUGAACUCCACGGUCCUGGCGUGCCUGGCGCCGCCGCUGAGCGCCGAGUACCGCCCGGGGCUGGACGCCGUGGAGCGCCCGGACGAGUUCGGCUUCAUCUUCAACAACGUCCAGUCCCUGCUGCUCUACAACGACACCAAGUUCAUCUACUACCCCGACCCCACCUUUGAGAUGCUGAGCUCCACCGGGGUGCUGGAGCAGAAGCCGGGCUCUCCCAUCAUCCUGAAGGGCAGGAACCUGUGCCCGCCCGCCCCGGGAGGAGCCAAGCUCAACUACUCGGUGCUGAUCGGGGAGACGCCCUGCGCCGUCACCGUGUCCGAGACGCAGCUGCUGUGCGAGCCCCCCACCCUCACCGGGCAACACAAAGUGAUGGUGCGUGUUGGGGGGGUGGCCUUCUCCCCUGGCUCGGUGAGCAUCGUCUCUGACAGCCUGCUGACCCUGCCCGCCAUCGUCAGCAUCGCGGCCGGCGGCUCGCUGCUCCUCAUCAUCGUCAUCAUCGUCCUCAUCGCCUACAAGCGCAAGUCCCGCGAGAACGACCUCACCCUCAAGAGGCUGCAGAUGCAGAUGGACAACCUGGAGUCCCGGGUGGCCCUGGAGUGCAAGGAGGCCUUUGCAGAGCUGCAGACGGACAUCAACGAGCUGACCAGCGACCUGGACCGCUCGGGCAUCCCCUACCUGGACUACCGCACCUACGCCAUGCGCGUGCUCUUCCCGGGCAUCGAGGACCACCCGGUGCUGCGGGAGCUGGAGGUGCAGGGCAACGGGCAGCAGAGCGUGGAGAAGGCCCUGAAGCUCUUUGCCCAGCUGAUCAACAACAAGGUGUUCCUGCUGACCUUCAUCCGCACGCUGGAGCUGCAGCGCAGCUUCUCCAUGCGCGACCGCGGCAACGUGGCCUCGCUGAUCAUGACGGGGCUGCAGGGCAAGCUGGAGUACGCCACCGACGUCCUCAAGCAGCUGCUCUCCGACCUCAUCGAGAAGAACCUGGAGAACAAGAACCACCCCAAGCUGCUCCUGCGCAGGACCGAGUCUGUGGCCGAGAAGAUGCUGACCAACUGGUUUGCCUUCCUGCUCCACAGGUUCCUCAAGGAAUGUGCUGGAGAGCCCCUGUUCAUGCUGUACUGUGCCAUCAAGCAGCAGAUGGAGAAGGGCCCCAUCGAUGCCAUCACGGGGGAGGCACGGUACUCCCUGAGCGAGGACAAGCUCAUCCGGCAGCAGAUCGAGUACAAGACCCUGAUCCUGAACUGUGUGAACCCAGACAAUGAGAACAGCCCGGAGAUCCCCGUGAAGGUGCUGAACUGCGACACCAUCACCCAGGUCAAGGAGAAGAUCCUGGAUGCUGUGUACAAAAACGUCCCCUACUCCCAGAGACCGAGAGCUGUGGACAUGGAUUUGGAGUGGCGGCAGGGCCGCAUUGCCCGCGUGGUGCUGCAGGAUGAGGACAUCACCACCAAGAUCGAGGGGGACUGGAAGCGCCUGAACACCCUGGUGCACUACCAGGUGUCAGACCGCUCGGUGGUGGCUCUGGUUCCCAAGCAAACCUCCUCCUACAACAUUCCUGCCUCUGCCAGCAUCUCCCGGACAUCCAUCAGCAGAUAUGACUCCACGUUCCGCUACACGGGCAGCCCCGACAGCCUCCGCUCGCGCGCGCCCAUGAUCACCCCCGACCUGGAGAGCGGCGUCAAGGUCUGGCACCUGGUCAAGAACCACGACCACGGCGACCAGAAGGAAGGGGACAGGGGCAGCAAGAUGGUGUCUGAGAUCUACCUGACCAGGCUGCUGGCUACAAAGGGCACGCUGCAGAAGUUCGUGGAUGACCUGUUUGAGACGCUGUUCAGCACGGUGCACCGCGGCAGCGCCCUGCCCCUGGCCAUCAAGUACAUGUUUGACUUCCUGGACGAGCAGGCGGACAAGCACGGCAUCCACGACACCGACGUCCGGCACACCUGGAAGAGCAACUGCCUCCCCCUCCGCUUCUGGGUGAACGUGAUCAAAAACCCUCAGUUCGUGUUCGACAUCCACAAGGGCAGCAUCACGGACGCCUGCCUGUCCGUGGUGGCUCAGACCUUCAUGGACUCCUGCUCCACCUCCGAGCACCGCCUGGGCAAGGACUCCCCCUCCAACAAGCUGCUGUACGCCAAGGACAUCCCCAGCUACAAGAGCUGGGUGGAGAGGUACUACGCCGACAUCGCCAAGCUGCCGGCCAUCAGCGACCAGGACAUGAACGCCUACCUCGCCGAGCAGUCGCGCCUGCACGCCGUGGAGUUCAACAUGCUGAGCGCGCUCAACGAGAUCUACUCCUACGUCAGCAAGUACAGCGAGGAGCUGAUUGGAGCUCUGGAGCAGGAUGAGCAGGCUCGCAGGCAGCGCUUGGCUUACAAAGUAGAGCAACUCAUUGGGGCCAUGUCCUUCGAGAGCUGAAGAAAGGUCAGGGGCAGCAAAGGGCAGAGCAUCGCACGGAUUCUCGGGAAUUUGGAGGGAGAACAAGCAAGGAAGGCACUGGACACACCCCCCAAGGCUCUUCUGGAGAGAGCAGAGCCUGGCUCAAGGACUGGCUGUACUCAAAAAUCAUACAGGAUCCAGUUUGAAAGGGCAGGAAGGGAAGAAGAUGAAACAUCUCCAUCAAAGUCCAAACAAGGUGGAUCAUUUUUUCGAGUGUACGCGGAAAGAAGGAACCUGGAAAGUCUGGAUGUCUCCACGACUGCUGCUUUGCAUGAAAAUUGUUUAAUGUAUAUUGGAAAAUAAAACUUUAUUUAAAGGGUUUUUUAGGAAAAAAAAAAAAAGGGAGAAAAAGGAAAAAAAAAUAGAGCAAAAACCACAGAGGCCACAGAGAUAAUCCUGGCAAGAAGGAUCAGCUCUGAAUCCUGUCCCUGAGAGCCUUCCGAGGACACGGCUCAGGCAUUCUGCAAACGGACUCUGACGCCAAUUGGAACGUCUGGAAAACCAAAAUGUCUUCGUUUUGGAUUCUUACAACACACAGGAGCACAAGUUUGCACCACACCUUUUCACACAAGCUAAAUAGCAGUUUUGCCCAAAAAUAGUCCAGUGGCUGAGUAACUUAGAGGCACUAGCAGGAACUUUACCUGAAUUGCAAAACCACCAGAUCAUCCGACCUGUCUUGGAAUCCAGCUUUAUCCAUGUAUUUAUAUAGUGUCAAUAUAUAUAUUUUUUUUUAAAUCCCAUUUUCUGUCGAAUGAGGGAAGAUCUGAAUUUCAUUGCUUUUCCCUUUUCCACCUCCAUCCCACCUCACUGGCUGAUCCAGCAGUGUCCAGCAGUGUCCAGCAUGACCACAGUGAUCCAGCAGUGUCCAGUGUGGCCAUGGUGAUCCAGAAGUGUCCAGUUUGGCCACAGUGAUCCAGCAGUGUCCAGCAGUGUCCAGCAGUGUCCAGUGUGGCCAUGGUGAUCCAGCAGUGUCCAGCAGUGUCCAGCUUGGCCAUGGUGAUGCAGCAGUGUCCAGCAGUGUCCAGCAUGACCACCGGGAUCCAACAGUGACCAGCAUUCAGUGUCCACUGCUGGUUCCUGCAGGUGCCACGUGAGCCAAGGCAGAGCUGGGCUGACACCUCCAGGGUGGGUUUUGGGGGUCUCCAGCAGCCAGCUCUGAUUUCUCACAGCAGAAGCCCCCAAACCCUGAUGUUUACGGUGACAAUACUUGAAGAGCCUGGAUGUUGGGAGAGCCCAUCUUUGUUGCUUUUCUGCUGGACGUGCAGUCCUGGGGCACAGGCUCCCUUUGGGUGUCUCCCCCAGCGUUUGCUGCCUCACCCAGUGCCAGGACUUGCAUUUCCACUGGGAAAGGGAGAGAAAUCUCUGCUCCAGGCAAGAGCAAACCUUAACCAGCAGCCCCAGGCCAGCCAGCUCUGCUGUUGUGUCUCUGUCGGUGUCUCGUUGUUCUCCUCAGUUCCUUGCUGGCCCCCAAGGCACACGUUCCUGUGGCCAGGGACAGGCAAAUGUCUGUGAGUGUUAUUUCUUUCAAAGACACCAAAGCUUAUGUGUGUCCCUUUGUAGAGUGCCAGGAGGGGAAGGAGUGCUGUAAAUAUUUCUCUCUGUAGUAAAUAUUGAUGUGUGUGCAGGCUGCAGUGGGGAGGGCAGGGAGAGGAGGCCUAAUGGAAAUAAAAGUGUUGGCUGCAGGAGCUUGGCAAUGGCAGCAAAAUAAUUCCUCAUGUGUGCCCAGGCAGUGUCACCAGACUGGGACCUUCGUUUGCAGCCAGUGUGUGUUGAAGGAAAAUCCAUCUCCAUCUCCAUCCCCCUCCUCCACCAUUCCUGCCUGGAGGAGCCCAGCAGGGCUCCCAGAGAGAUGCUGGCUUUCCAUGUCCUGCAGUCCAGCACCAGGAGAGGGGAGAAGCACGUAGAGAAAAUACUCAGGAAACUUGGUUUAAUUACCAUUCAGUAAAAGCCAUGCCAAGUCCACUUUCUUUUGGUAAUCCACUUCUGUGAGUCUCUCUGAAAAGCAGAAAAUAUGAUGAUAAUAAUCAACCUUGUGCAAUAAGUUCUUGACAUUUACAGCAGCCUGAGCACUGGAUUUACUGAGACAGGGGAGAGUGGCAGAAACAGAGACUGAAAGGCAGAGCAGUGUUUGUACUGCCUGUUAUCCAAGAGUUCCCUUCCCAGGGAUCCUGCUCCUGCACAGUGAAUCUCAUUUCUGAGGCAAAAAAUGUGCAGAAGUCCUACUAAAAGUCAGGAGAGCCCAGUGGCAGGAGCGUCCCUGGAGCAGUGCCCAGCCUGGCCUGCUCUCUGCUGCAGGUACCCCAGGGCAUGGCAGAGGGUCAGGCUUUGAAAUCCUGCAGGUUUUCUGCUGGUUCUGUUCCUGCUGUUCCCAGUGAUCCAUCACACAGCUUAGGGAGGGACUGCCAGCUCUGUCCUAGCUGUGGUUGUUGGUUUGGGUUCACCAAGUUCUCAAGGUACUCUGAAACCCAAAGAGAGCACUCCAAAAAGUUCCUGAAGGACUUCCAAACGCUUCCAAAUACCAGUCUGGGGAGUUGUCUCUGCAGGACUCACAAAACAUGAGUACAGCCAAAGCAAAGGCCUGGCUGUGCAUCACCUGGGCCUGGUGACAGUGUCCCUGCCCCACAGCCCUCAUGGUGCUCCUCUCUGCAUCUCUUUGAGAGGCUCUUGUGUAGCUUUUCAUCCUGCUUUCCUCUCCUGCUCCCUCCCCUCUGGCCAGGAGCACCCCCCAAGCCAAGGCUUUGUCACUCCCCCUCCCCUGUAUUUUCUCAGCAGAAGUGGAGGUCCCCACGCACCCCCUGGAUUCUCUGGGAGAACAUUCAGGAGACAAGGGGACAACUGAGUUCAUCUUCUGUGCUGUGGGACGAUUUGAGCAGAGAGGAGAAAAAAGGGGAAGCAGCAGGAGCACUUUGCAAACCAGCAAGCUCUUACACUUCUGACUGAAUCCUGAGGGAAACAGCAAAAACUCCUCUUCCAUCACCUGGAAAAGCUUUGGGAGCAUGGCAGAGAGAACAGCACAGUCCUGGCUGGAGGGUGGCCUAGAAAUCCAUUGCCAAGAGUCUUCUCAUGGUGGUUGACAUUAAUUAUGGAUCUUUACAGGCAAUUAUAUGGAUUGAAGCAACAUAUCCCCCUGGGGCAGAGCGCUGGGAGUCUCUUGCCCUGUUUGCAUCCAACAUUUCCAUUCCUCCUUCGGGAGGAGGAAGCUUCAGAUCUCAAAAUGGCAUUUUCUUCGCCCUGGCAGCAAACUGGACUCGAGGGUUGGUCAGGAGGGGGCACUUGCCUUAGAUGAAACGAUUUCAUGUCCCCCUCAUUGCCCCCCUCCUCCUGCAAGGCUGCCCAGAGUUUGGAGUCUCCAGCUCGCUCCGUUUCAGGUAUUCCAACAUCAAAGUGGGAGACGUCACUCGCCGGGAUCUCUCUGCCUGGUGUCGCCGCUUGAAUAAUUCCCUUUAAUCUCCUGCUCACGAGCUAUCAAAGCACCCACUCCGAGGGGGAGCGAGGUGCUAAUCAAACGCUUCUCCACCUUGAAAGCCUUUAUGAAAGCCCCACACAGGAGAGGGGAGCUGGCAGGCAGGGCUGGCCCCGCCGGAGCCCCGCAGCCACCAGAGCUCAGAGGGUGUGGGCAGCGAGGGCUCCACGCCCUGCCAGGAAGGAUGGAUUUGAAGGGAGGCAGGAGGGAUCAGCACGGCUGGAAACCCUGUGAAAUCCAGCAUGGAUAUCCCUGGAAACCCUGGAUAUCCUGUCUGCAGCAGUGAGGACCCACCUUGUGAAAUCCAGCAUGGAUAUCCCUGGAAACUCUGGAUAUCCUGUCUGCAGCAGUGAGGACCCACCCUGUGAAAUCCAGCAUGGAUAUCCCUGGAAACCCUGGAUAUCCUGUCUGCAGCAGUGAAGACCCACCCUGUGAAAUCCAGCAUGGAUAUCCCUGGAAACCCUGGAUAUCCUGUCUGCAGCAGUGAGGACCCACCUUGUGAAAUCCAGCAUGGAUAUCCCUGGAAACCCUGGAUGUCCUGUCUGCAGCAGUGAGGACCCACCCUGUGAAAUCCAGCAUGGAUAUCCCUGGAAACCCUGGAUGUCCUGUCUGCAGCAGUGAGGACCCACCCUGUGAAAUCCAGCAUGGAUAUCCCUGGAAACCCUGGAUGUCCUGUCUGCAGCACUGAGGACCCAGCACUGAGGAACAAAACUGCUGCCAUGGCCUGGCUGCAUGCCAGCAAGAUCCUAGGUGUGGAAUUUCAGGUUUUUCCCUGAAGGAUGGCCGUGGGGACAGAGGUGCCUCCCCAGGACUGGGGCUGUGACACGCUGGGGACGGUGAGUGCAGUGCCAACAGAGACCUUCAUCACAGCAGUGCCUUCCACACUCUGUCUUAAACUCCUGGUGGCCCAUCCCUCAUCAGUGUUCCCUCCUACCUUCCACUGGACUCCACAAAAAAUGUCCCAACGUAGGAAACAGUUUGGGAGGGCUCGUGGAGGGCAAAGGCGAGAGGGUUUAAGGCUCUGGGGUUGCAUUCUGCACACUGCUGGCUCCGAGCUCCUUGUGGGGGUCUUGGUGUUUAAAUCUGCGUGGGGAAAGGGUCAGAGCAUCCCCUCCUGCAGUGGGCACAGCCUCCAAACAGGGUCUCAGUCCCAGAGGUCCCCAGGAGCCAGCAGGGAUGAGGAAGGCCAGGUUGGCACAGGGCAGAGCAGCUCCCAGCACGGCCCCCGUGCUGCUCCAGAGCCUUGAGCCCCUUCCCUGGCAGCAGCCCAGCCACGUUCUCCUGUCACUGGCUGGUCUCCAUCCAGUUUCCUGUGCUGUCAGAGCUCACCUGUCACAGGGACUCAGCUCCCCAAACUAAAUGAAAGUAAAAGAGACUGACUUGAAUAAGCUGGGCCAUCAGGGAGAGCUCACGAGUGACUGUGCCCUGGAGAGAAGAAAAAAUGUUCCGAGGAGGGUAAAUAACUGACAUCAAAGAUGCAUUGAAAUGCCACAGAGCUUCAGCCAUCCUAUUCCAGAUCCACAUUUGUACCAGGAAUUGCAAGGCAAUCGUGCAGGGAGCUGUGGCAUUGUGCAGGGAUGUGUGUGAGGAAGAGCUCGGAGCACAGCCCUGUCCUCGGUGCAAACACCCAGCCUGGACCCACAGCCAGAGACCAGCGGGUCAGAGGCUGAGGGCAAAGCACUGGGGCCAGCUCUGAGGCCACCUGCAAGGGCAGGGUGGUUUGGUUUUACUGAUGAGACAUUCAGUGGAGAAACAAUCAGAGUGAGAGGUGUGUGCACUGCGAGGGGCUGCUGGGGAACUGCUGAGCUGGGCAGCCCCAAGGGGGCAGCUUCAGUGCACUUUGGUCAGGUUAGUUCUGCAGGGGAAGAGGAUGGGAGCCUUUGGACCAGUUUAGGCUGUCUGGAAGGCUUUGUUAAAGCCCUGGCACCCUGAAAACCCCCAGAUUUGGGUGCUGGCCCUGUUUCUGGGCAGGCAAUGGAACAGCGGCCAGAGCCCCAGCUGCGGGUGGUGCCUGGUGCCUUCCUGGCUCCUGGAAGAAAACUGAGGCUCUGUGGUGUGUGCCCUGCACCCCAGGGUGCUCUUUGGGGUGCUGGGACCGUGCUGGGGUCAGAGAAGGGGAGGUGGAAGGCUGGGGCAGUGUGGGCUGGCAGAGCCCCACUGCUCCGUGCUGGAGAAGCCCCUCUGUCCCUCCAGGGUGUCUGUGCCCGCCUGGCUGAGGUGGCACCAGCGGUGUCAUGGCCGUGCUGUGAGCAUGGCAGUGUCUCUGUGCUUGUUCUUUCAGAUCCCCCUUUGUCCCUGUGUUUCCCAUCCCUCUCCUUCCUUUGUAACCGUGGAAUAUAAUCCUGAAAAAAUUCCCUUUCUGCAGCGUGGAGGAACACGCCCCAAGGGCCCGCAGGGUCCAUCCAGUUGCACGGACAAUAUCCCAAAUAUCCCAACCUCCCAGGGCCUCCCAGGGCUGCCAAAUGGAACACCAGAUCUCCUGGAUGGCCUUUCCUUUGGGAUUUUUAAUACCUCUCUUUCGAAUAAGCUUGGAAGUUUGUGCAGCAGCUUCUCCGGCCGGCGCUCCCCUCCCAAGGACUGGGCACACAAAGGUGCACGAGGAGCUGUGGGGAGGGAGAAAAGCUGAUUUGGCCACAUUAUUUCAUGGCUUCUGAAGAUGCAGUAGAAAAGUCCUUCUCACUGCUGAGUUUUGGUGCUGACGGCGCCUUGGGGGCCGCUGGGAGAAGCAGCAAGGGGAAGGGAAUGUACAGGUACUAAAACUUCUGGAGUCCCCCCAAAAACGUCACAGAAUGUAGAGGUAUCAGCCAUGGAACAGAUUCUCAUCUUUCUUCUUCCCCUUCUCCUUACAGACCAACCCCCAGCAGUUUUAGGGGAUUUGUGUGUUGGCAGGAACAAGGAAUUGAUUUGUAUCUGUGCCCAUUCCACCGUGUCCUUCUCUGGCUCCCCCCCUCCCCGUUAUACUUGA